AUGGUGACCUCACCAGAUACUGGGACGUCCGGUGAUCGAUGCAAGCGUCGCAAGAAGGUGCCGAACCCUCUUGUUCCUAGGCCGUCGCCCAGGCCCGUCAUGCCCACGCCAAGUGCCUCUAGCAGCGAGGCGACAGAUCAGGAGCCCUGCAGGAGCCCACGCAGUCCGCUUCCGCAGGUGAAGGUUCCCGUGUUUCCUGUAUCAAGCCGACCGCGGGGACAGAAGAAGCGGGUGCGCGACGCAGAGACGCCGGAGACAAGGCGCCGACAAACGGAGAAGAAGCGGAAAGCUUACACCGUCAAGGAGAAGCUUUACUGGCUCAAGAUGCUUGACGCGCAGCCCCCUAUGAGCGUCCGGGGUUUGGCCAGGCUCGCCAAAGUCCAGCCAAAGCAGAUCCGCGACUGGCGCAGCAUGAAGGAGCGGCUCGACAAAGCGGCAGGGUGUUGCCAACGUCUCACUGGUGCGGGACGAAGUACCCCGAUAUGGAGGUUGCGGUCUACCGAGGAGCUCGACGAGCUCGUCCCCAACCCUUUCUACCUUGAUCCUGCCGCCCCUGCGAGCAAGAAGAGCGAUGAAGCCUCCUCUCCAUCUGAGGAGGAGGAGGAGGAGGAGGAAGAGGAAGAGGAGGAGGAGGCGGCGGAGGAGGAGGAGGAAGAGGAGGAGGAGGAGGAGGAGGAGGAGGAGGAGGAGGAGGAGGAGGAGGAGGACGAGGAGGAGGAGGAGGAGGGGGACACGGAGAAGGAGGAGGACGAGGAGGAGGAUGAGGAGGGCGAGGAGCCUGGUGGUGCGGAGGUGGAGGGUGGAGCGGGAUGGGAGGAUGAUGGCGAUGAGUGGUGGGCAGAAGGGCGAUAUGAUGGGGAGGAGGUCGAGACUUGGGUUGCGGGACAGGAUUAG